ACCAAUGGGGGGGAUCCUCCUCCGCAGAUUGCUGCUUGUAAACUUAACCCCAGCGUUUUCGUGAGAAGCAAGUUAAAUCAGAGCCAGAUAUGUUUGCCAAGGCUUGUCACGGGGUCCUGUCUUCAAGGAUAGUUGCAGCAUCUUUUAAACGGGAUCGUUUUUUGCUUAGUUUUAAACGGUGCUUCUCGAAUGGCCCGACAUGCCAUCCUCUCGCAAGUCAAGGUUCAGCUACUGCACUUGUGCCCCACUGUGCUCAGUGGACAGCCAAGAGAUUUCGAACCAAAGUAGCUGAAUCGAGUGGUAGUGAUGAAAUCCCAAAGUUACUUGGCAGUGCACGGACUCAGAGAAGGAGAAAUAAAGCCAAGCAGCCAGAAAAGGGAUAUCCUAUUGUGGCCUUCAGUACUGCUGAAGAAUACAACUUAGAAUGCCUUAAAGAAGGCAUAGCAAAGCAGCAAUUGUAUAGUGUGGUUGAAGAGGAGGAAGAAGGCUUUAAAGUUCAAGAAUCUGAUCAUCAAGAGGAUGUUGUGCACAUCAAGGCACGAUAUAAUGUUGAUGACGAGCCUCGUGAAGUGUUCUUUUUUCGAGAGGGCACAGCUGUGUUUUGGAAUGUAUCAGACUUGGAGGUUUCAAAUUUUCUCCGGUUUAUUAGUCCAUUUGAAGUGAGGAGAUACGAUGAGAAGCUUGUCUUGAGUGAACGAGAAUAUAUGUCUUACAUUCAUGGUGAAUCAAAGAAAACAUUGCUUCGUAAUGAUAUAAUAGAAUUAUCUGCUCUACCUGAGAGUAGUCUGGAAAAGUAUUCUUUCUCCAAUGGUGUCGCUCUCUCAGUCAAGCUCGGCAUUUGGGAAUCUUCACUAGAGAGAUUCAUUGACUCAAUUGAAUUUAUUAGUGAAGAUUUGAAAGCUGGCCGCAAAAUACGGAUGACACGAGAGGAAGUUCUACGAAAACAAGGGGAACUUUUUGCUAUGCGCCAUUCAAUCAAUUUAAGUUCUGAUUUAUUAGAUACUCCUGACUUUUAUUGGGACAAUGAGGAAUUAGAAAGGCUGUUUUUGCAGACUAUUAACUAUUAUUGCAUCAGCCGGCGCACAAGGGUAAUGAAUGAAAAAAUCAGCCACUGUGCUGAAAUGAUGGAGCUGGUUUCUUCACAUCUAAGUGAUAAGCACCAUAUUAGACUUGAAUGGAUGAUUAUUGUUCUUAUUAUGGUUGAAGUUGGAUUUGAAUUUUUGCAUUUCAUGAAGUAGACAACCAAUUUUUUAUUUUUAUGUUUAACUGCUGAAACAACUCGGUACCUAUGAUGGGUCCUUGAAGCCAUUAUCUUGAAUUAAAGUGUAACUUGGGUAUGUAAAAUCCAGUAUGUUUCUGAAGGUCAGUGGAUCAUCAAUUCCCUAUAGUCUUUUAUUUCUAAUUCUAUUUCAUUCUAAUUACAAGCUAUUCAAUGAACUCUUAGAGAAAAAUUGUCCACUCUAGUGGAACCAUGACAUUGAUUGUAAACAAGUAUGUAGUAAAAUGAUAACAUCAACAAGAUUAUAUGGCUAUAGAAGUA